AUGUUACUUUUAGUUCGAUGUCGGAGCCUCGACGAGCCGGUUGUAAGCGUGACUUUCGUUUAAUUCUGCUUUAAUAUUAUUAUUGUUGUUGUUGUUUGGCUGUCGUCGUCGUCGUCGUCGUCGCCGCCGUCGCCGUUGUUGUUGACGUCGUUGCCGUGAGUGUUAGUGAGAGGGCAUAUACAUAUAUAUGUGUAUAUGUAUGCAUGUGCGUAUGCGUGUGUUUAGUUUAAGCGAAAUUGAAAGUUGUACAUUUUCCUACCCCCAAAAAAGCAAAGCAAAGCAUACAAUCGCGCGCUGUGAGUGCUGCCCAGUGCGUGUCUGUGUGUGUGUGCACCACGCCACACCAACAAAAAUCAACCCCCACCAACAACAGUAGAAAAACAACAACAACAAGAAACAAGCCAACGCAAACGCAAAGUUAGUAGCAGCAGCAGCAGCAGCGGAAAGAGCACCAGCAACCAACCAACCACCCACUCCCAUUUACAGUUCAACUUCUGAAAAGCUAACAGCCGCCGCCGCAUCAACAACAUCGCCAGGAAUUGAUCGUGCAUUGUUGUUGUUGUUGUUAUUAUUAUUGAUGUGUUUUGUGUUUUAAGUGUUUCAAUGAUGAUGAUGUGGUUUAAACAGAAAAUCUAAAACCCCUCCCCCACAGCACCCCCCUCAGCCGCAAUCCGUCACUACUACCAUCACACAAAAAAAAAAGUGAAGUGUAAAGUAAAGUGUUACACAAGUGUAAAAAUAAUAAUAAUAAUAAGAAGAAGAAGGAGAAGGAGUAACAUAGUGCCCGCCCCCCGUUUAAGAUUACAAACCCCAAUCCUCCCCGCCGCAUCACAAUCCCAUUGAGAUCGACGGUUAUAUAGUGUGUCAUGAUGAAUUUCUCAGCAUUUGGCGGUCCAUUCUCUGGCAUACAUCAGUUUGCCGCUAAAUUUGAUGCACAAACACCGGGUGCAUUCGGUACACCGCCAGCAAAUGCAGCAGCCGCUGCUGCAGCGGCUGGAGCUGGUGAUAAUCAUGUGCAGCGCUAUCAGACAACCAAUGGCAAUCACUUCAAUCAGAAUGUGCCCAACGUUUCGGCGGCCAAUAAUAUGCAAUAUGGCCAGAAUAUAUCCAUACCGUACUCACAGCCGCAGGGUGAUCUAAAUUUUUUAAAUGCAGCUGCUGCAGCGGAUCAUAAGGGUAAAAUCCAUCCAAAAAUUGAACGUGACCGGGAAGAAGUGCUCAAUCAGCAAAUCCUGCAAAAUGUCAAUCAGUCGUGGCAAACGCUGGCCAACACAGCCAAUACAGUGGACUACUCAUCGCAUUUGCUAUCCGCAACACUGCCAAUUUCCAUUCAGCACUUCCUUAAAUAUUCGGAGACCAUCAAAAAGGAGUCCACCUCCGGUGAUGUGCUCAAGAAUGGCACCAAUUUGGCCAGCCUGGCGCUGGGGGGCGUGGCCCUAACACCGAGCAAUAAUGGUGCCAAUGGCGGACAUCACAAUGGCCUAGUGAAUAUGGAUCAGCAUGGUGGUGGCGGAGGCGGUGGCGGCGGUCACAUGACCAAUAUGACCGAUGCCAAUGGCACGGCAUUGGCCAAUGGUGGCGCUGCCACCAAUGGUGUGGCAAAUGGCUCAAAUGUUACCAAUGGUCAGGCCGGCGGUGCUGUGUCUAGUACAGGAGCAGCAACUGGCAAUGCCACCGGCACUGGGACCACGACCACCGGCAAGAAAACCAAAAAGAAGAAACCGCCCAAGGAGAAAAAGCCCAGACCGAAGCCCGGCGAAAUUCGUGAGACCAAAGCUCUGGAUGGUUCGACACUCUAUUGCUGUCCCGAAUGCCAGAUGGCCUAUCCGGAUCGCAGUCUGAUCGAACAGCAUGUCAUAUCGCAUGCCGUGGAGCGGCGAUUUGUCUGCGACAUCUGCAAUGCGGCCCUCAAGCGCAAGGAUCACCUGACCAGGCACAAGUUGUCCCACAUACCAGACAGACCGCAUGUGUGCAAUAUAUGCAUGAAGUCGUUUAAGCGUAAGGAGCAACUAACUUUGCACAUUGUCAUCCAUUCAGGCGAAAAGAAGCAUGUGUGCAUUGAGUGUGGAAAAGGUUUCUAUCGCAAGGAUCACUUGCGAAAGCAUACACGUUCGCAUAUUGCACGACGCGUCAAAUCCGAAGUAUCGGCCCAGAAUGUCAACGGAUCGGGUACUGCUAAUACUACGCAAAAUAAUUCUCUACAUGGUUCCUGAGGUUCGUACAAGGACUUUUGGUAAAUUCUCAUACAAAUUUCAAGCCAUUAGAAGAAAAAGAAAAGAAACAGAAAAGGAAUUCAUCCAAACUAUUUGCCAGUAAUUGGAAUUCAAAUUAAAUUGCUGCCAAAAAGCUUUGAUGUUUUCCUUUCUCUAGUUUCUGUUUUUCUUUGAAAUUUGUUAAGAGUUUACCGAAGGUCCUGCUGAGCGUCACCCCACCACACCGCAUACACAAAAACUCCACAAAAAAAAAAUAAUAAUGCAUACAAUAAAAAAAAA